AUGCCAGCCUUUUCAGUCCUCAGCGGCACAGCGCAGACCCGGUCGACCCGCCUCCUCGUCGUCACCGUCUUCAUCGUCAUCGUCUUCUUGUUCUUGGGCAACUCUCAGCUGGCUGCCGGACCGUACCUGGGAUCCACCACCGACACAGAAUUGUCGCCAGAGCACUUUGCGAACCAGCACAAACAGGCCGCCAGCAACAAGCUUCCUCCUCCUCCUCCUCCUCCUGCCGAUGGUGCCGCAGGCCAGACACCCCCUCAUCAUGACUCGAAUGAGAUGGAGCAUCACCCCUCGGCGGAGACGGUGCAUGACGGCCAUGACCAUGAUCACGACCACGACCACAAGGCUGACACAGCAAUCGAUGAGCCCAAUGAGUCAAUCCCCGACCAAGGCAAGGUACCUGAUCCGGAUGUCUGGCACGAUGACAAGGAGGACGAGCGUCUGGCGGCACCGGCGGGUUUGUCGCCAGAAGCAGAUGCCGUUUCGACACAUGCCGUCUCAGCCACCACUUCGCACGACGUCGCCGCCCAGUCACCGGCGGCCCCCACGUCAGCCAUUGUCCUCGCGACGACGGAACCUGUUGUCGUUGCUGCUGCCUCCCCGACGCCGCCACUGCGUCCCGCCUCGGAGAUUGACAACUGA